AAGUAGUAGUAGUAGUCGCCCGCAGUCACCGACGACGGCCGGCAUCACUGCAGCGUGUGUGUGUUGUUAUAUUGCACGUACGUAGGUUAGAUUAUUAUUAUUAUUAUUAUUAUUAUUAUUAUUAUUGUUAUUAUUGUUGUUGUUAUUAUCACUACUACCUCUGAUCUAAGACGAAGACGACGGAAAAGACGCUAGCUGGCGCUGAGCGACACGCGCCCUAUAAACACUCGCAUAGUCAUUUCCGGACCGGAAGAAACGCUUUUGCCAAUAUUAUAUUGCACGUCAGCUGUAGAGGUAAGCCCGCUCGUAAAUAUUAUUAUUAUCAUCCAUAUUUUAAUAUUUUAACGGCGGUUGCGUAUUGAAUUAUUCGCGCUGCUCGCGGAAAAGAACGAUUCCGGGGCACCCUUACCCCGCUGCCCCCACCCGUCGAGUGCCUCCCCGCUAGGAACGCCUGCGCCCCCACCCCAUUCGUGAUGCACUCUUCGCCGGCGGUGCAACAGGCGCACCACCACCGCCAGCAGAAGCAGCAACAGCAGCAACAACAGCAGCAGCAACAGCAACAACUGCAACAGCAACAACAACUGCAAUCUCCGUCGUCCAACAACAACAACAACAACAACAACAAUAAUAACAACAACAACAAGGACGAUAAUAUGGCCAUGGGACAGCUGUUGCAGAGAUCGCUGCAAAACGUCGCCCUAUCGCUGCAGACCACGUUCGUGUCGUCCCUGCAGCAAGCCGCGCUCCUGCCACCCGACUCACCUGUGGCCGCAGCGCUUAACCUGCAGGCCCUCGAGUCGUACAUCACGCUGCAGCGGCUGACCGCCGUGCCUCGUCAACCCGCUAUGACCGCAGUGACCGUGGACCGGGCGCACGCCGCCAGCAGCGUGGUGGUCGUGCACGAAGUGUUGAAGGAUGACGAAGACGACGACGACGGCGGCGGCGUCAAAAGCGAAAAUCCGUCCUCGUUGGGCAACGAAGACGAUUAUCUCGACGACCACGAUGACGACGACGAACACUAUCACCAUCACGACGUCAAACCGACGGUUUUGGACGGCAGCGGAAGUGUAUCGAAAGCGGCCGCUACAGCCGCCAUCGUCGUGACCGCCAGCAGGGGAGGCCGUCUCCCAGCAUUCGCCAAAGAGCUGUCCGGCCUGUCUCCCAGAGCCAACAGGUUGUCCGCGUCGUUGACCGCCGCCGCCGCCGCCGCUGCCUCUGUCUGCACCACGGAACUCGUCGACGACGACACUCCGGUCAAGGCUAUUUCCGCCGACGAACCCAUCGCCGCCUCGCGACACCUGCACCUCCACCAGGACAACAACAACGGACCCGUCCCUAGACCCAAAAAACAGUUCAUCUGCCGGUUCUGCAACAGACACUUCACCAAGUCGUACAACCUGCUCAUACACGAGCGCACUCACACAGACGAGCGGCCGUACUCGUGUGACAUUUGCAAAAAGGCCUUCAGGAGACAGGACCAUCUCAGGGAUCACAGGUACAUUCACUCCAAGGAGAAACCCUUCAAGUGUCUGGAGUGCGGCAAGGGGUUCUGCCAGUCGCGCACGUUGGCCGUGCACAAGAUCCUCCACUUGGAGGAGUCGCCGCACAAGUGUCCGGUGUGUAGCCGGAGCUUCAACCAGCGGUCCAAUCUCAAGACGCACCUGUUGACGCACACAGACAUCAAACCGUACAACUGUCCGACGUGCAGCAAAGUGUUCCGCCGGAACUGCGACCUGCGCCGGCACAGCCUCACGCAUAACCUGUCACCCGUGUCUGCGGCCACGGCCGCGGCGGUCCAGCUGGCGUACGCCGCGACCACCGAACUGCAGUCGGCCGCGGUCAUCGGCGCCGCGCACGGUCGCGACAAUAACGACUGUGACCGCUGAUCUCAUUUUAUUUUCGAAAGGAAGAAAAAAUUACAUUUAAAAAAAAAAAACGCAAACCAUCCCCCCUACCGAUUCGCAAAUCGCGGUGUUAAGUUUUUAAUUUUUAAUUACACGUAUACAGGCAUCAUAGGGCCGAAUACUCGAAAACGUUAUCACUGCGCUCGCGAAAGACGAGAACGUUUGAUUUUAUGAAUUUCUUUAAUGCGUCGAUGUAUGUGACCUGACCGUGUUUUCCCGUUUCCGUUACUCCGCGGCGUACUGAUAUAAUAUUAUGUAUAUUGUAUAAUAUACGAUCCCUCUCGUUCUUGCUGUUUACGAUAUUUAUUAAUUAUUAUUAUUAUUAUUAUGAUUAUUAUUUUUUUUUCUACGUGAUUUGUAAUAUUACUCUACUCGCUAAAUGACACGUCAUACGUAUAUAUUAUAAUAUGUCAUUUAAAUACGUUAUUAUUACGGUACAGUAACCGCCCGUCUUCAUCAGGUUGUACUGUAAAACAUGUACAUAUAAUAUAUUAUAUUCAUCUUAUGUUGUAUAUUUGCUGUUUGUUAGAGAAAAAAACUCCUAUAAUACUAAUUCGUAAGUUGUAUACAUAAUAAAUAAUUUAUGCAAUUAUUAA